UUAGACCCAACGAACGCUCCAUCAAAGUUAUCAGAUCCGCGCUCGGGGUGGAUCCCAGAGAGCAAAAAUUUUUAUCAGAUCAAAAAAGACCGACAUCGCCCCAUUUACAUAGUACAUACACCCUUGCAAGCCCUGUUCGUUUACCCCCUCCCAAGCCCCUCCUUACCAAGUGACAAUCCACCCUCCCACCUUCUUGAACCAGAAAAAGAGACUCGGCGUCUCGGCCAAUUUGGAAAAUCGCUCGCCAUAGACUGGCAAAAGAGAUGA